CAUGCUGUCGCCUCGGGCGCGCACCGACUCUUAACGCGAUCCAGCACAUGGGACCUGCGGGGCUCGCUUGGGUGCCUUCCCUGCCGGAGGGUCCCGCCCACCUCGUGUCCUGAGAGCCUCGAAGCCCCCCCUUUCUCCCCCGACCGCUUCCCAGCCAAGGCUGCACAGAAGGUUUGCUGCUCCCUCCUCCUCGCCUCCCUCUGCAGUUUUCUCUCCAUGGGGCGCAGGAACGGGACAUGAAGGUGGGCCGAGGUGGGCAAGGAAGGUGGCAUGUGGAGCUCCUGCUUGGGGACCCUUCCAGCUUGCCCCAGUUCUCCGGGGGCCUCCAGGACCCGGUCCCUGACAGGCGCCUGCUGGAGGUGAUUUGGAAGAAGAUGCACCUGUUCCGCAGCUGCAGCUACCAGAUCCAGCUGGAGGGGCAGGUGGGCAGCAGUGCUCCCAGGAUCCAGGGUAUCCGAUGGACUCCUCUUCCAGACAGCGAAUCAGUCUUGGUGUCUGACCACAGCCUCAAGCAGGCUUCCUCAAACAAAAUCCAGAGAGCAGGGAGGCUCCUUGGUGUGCACUUAAUCAUCACUUACCCAGACCUAAUCCGAGAUCACAAGCACCAUCUUCGGCUUUAUAGGCAGUGCUGUUCUGGGAAGGAGCUGGUGGAUGCGCUGCUUAAUGCAGGACUUUCUGUGCAGACCCGCAGCCAGGCCCUUGGGCUUUGUCAAGUGCUAAUGGAUGAAGGGGUCCUCGUUCAUGCUCGACAAGAGACCUAUUUCCAAGAUCGAGAGGCCCAGUUCUUCCGCUUCGUUGCCCUGGAUCCUCAGACAGAAGACCGAGAUGGUGAGGAGCUGCUGGAGGCCCUGGCGUUGCUCACCCAGCUGGGCCCUAUGGCCUUGCUCACCACCAUCCUGCGCAAACCCCCUGGCCAGCGGACGGAGGAGGAGCUAGCUCUGAUCUUUGAGGAGCUGCUGCACAUCAAAGCGGUCGCCCAUCUCUCCAGUUCGGUGAAAAGAGAGCUGGCUGCUGUCCUGCUGUUUGAGUCCCAUGCAAAGGCUGGAACCGUGUUGUUCAGCCAAGGAGACAAGGCCACCUCUUGGUACAUCAUCUGGAAAGGAUCAGUCAAUGUUGUCACACAUGACAAGGGCUUGGUGGCCACCCUUCAUGAGGGCGAUGACUUUGGGCAGCUGGCGCUGGUGAACGAUGCCCCCCGGGCAGCCACCAUCAUCCUCCGUGAAGACCACUGCCACUUUCUACGGGUGGACAAACGGGACUUCAACCGUAUCUUAAAGGAUGUUGAAGCCAAUACCCUGCGACUGAAGGAGCAUGGGAAGGUGGUGCUUGUUUUGGAGAAGAAUUUGCAAGGCAGUAGCUCCAGUCACCUUCCUGGAACUCCAGGGAGCAGUAGGUACUCAGUAAUGGCUGGGACACCUGAAAAAAUACUGGAUUAUCUGCUGGAAGUCAUGCGUCCAGAUUCCACACUGCAUGAUCCAAUAGACACCUUCCUUGGAGAUUUCCUCCUGACACACGAUUUGUUCAUGCCAACACCACAGCUCUGCAGAACUCUCCUUCAACAUUUCCAUUCAGAGCCUUCAGAAGGCACCGAACAGGACAAGGCUGCUUACAUCCUGGGCAAGAGGCAGAAGAUCCUGUGGCUGGUGAAUCAAUGGGUGCUGCUCUGUGGGCGCCUGUUGCAAGCAGAACCCAGCGUGAUGACCUUCUUGCAGGGACUUUCUGAGUACGCCGCCCAGGAUACUCGUUUGGCCCCCGUGCUCAGGGAACAGAUGCAAGAUCGGCGGAAGAACCGAGUACCUGCAUCCCAUGGACGUUUGAGGUGUUCCCUGGAAAAGCAGAGUGAGCCCAAGUCAAUAUUAUUAUUGGAAGCUGAUGGAUCUUUCAUUCCCUCCCUUGAUAGGUUAGAAAAUGGCAACAGCAGUGGAUCACCAAAACUUCAGGCACGCAGUGUGGUGGAUUGGUUUGCCAUCCAAGAGGAACCAUUUCUGAACAGCAGCUACACCAUCCGAGCCAAGGACAAGAUCCCCUAUGACAUCUAUCGGCCGGACCAUUCUUGCCUCACCACCUUGCUACCAGUGAAUGCGACGGUGCAAAAAAUUCUCGCCUCUUUGGCGGAGAGUCACGGCUGGAACAAAGACUGGCUCCUGAUCAAGAUCAAUUCGUCAGGGGAUAAAGAGGUAUUGCCUAUGGAGGCCUUUGGUGUGUUUACAUCACUGGGGGUGAACGAGAGACUCUUUGCUGUCACUGUCCAGGAACUUCAUAUCUUGACUCCUCACCCAGAGCAGUUGGGCCUCACUGUGGGGUCCUCAGAAAGCUUGGAUUUCAUCAGUUCCAAGGAUCUGGCCAGUCACUUGACAGAGCAUGACUGGAGCCUCUUCAAAAGCAUCCAUCAGGUGGAACUGAUCUACUACAUUUUCGGCCCACGGAAGUUUCCAAGUGCAACCACAGCCAACCUGGAACGCUUCCUCCGUCGUUUCAAUGAGCUGCAGUUCUGGGUUACCACUGAGGUCUGCUUGUGUCUGGAUGUUGUGAAGAGGGCCCAGCUGCUCCGCAAAUUCAUCAAAAUAGCUGCACACCUGAAGGACCAAAAGAACUUGAACUCUUUCUUUGCUGUGAUGUUUGGGCUGAGCCACUCUGCUAUCAGCCGUCUCUCUAGAACCUGGGAGAAGCUUCCUCAUAAGACACGAAAGCUAUAUGGCACCAUGGAACGGAUGCUGGAUCCUUCUUGGAAUCAUCGGGUCUACCGGUUGGCCAUGGCCAAACUGGCCCCACCAAUGAUCCCCUUUAUGCCCCUCCUUCUUAAAGACAUGACCUUCAUCCAUGAGGGCAACUGCACAUCAAUGGAGAACCUUGUCAACUUUGAGAAGCUGCGCAUGAUCGCCAAGGCUGUUCGUCUCGUGCAUCGCUGUCGGAGUCACCCCAACCUUCCACUUUCCCCCUUGCGGAGUCGUCCUCAGCACCUCCUGGAAGAAGCACGGGCCAUGCGUACCUCUACAUGCUCAGAGCAGUCCCUCAGUACCCGUAGCCCGGCUGCUACCUGGGUGUACCUCCAGCACCUGAGAGUGAUCGACAAUCAGAAGGAGCUUUUGCGGCUCUCUCGAGACCUUGAAUCCUGAUGCCAUGAGGAGUUCAGGCUCCUGGACCCAAGAUGUAUAUACUGCUUAUCCCCGGGCAAGAAUGAUCAAGAGGGGCACCUUCUGGUGGGAUAGCCCUCGCUUCAAAUUUGGACAGCGGGGGGAAGGAUCCCAGGCUGACAGGAGAGUUUCUUAACCUCUGCCUGGCACCCUUGAUCUUAAUUCUGGAGUCAGGAAAGUAGGUGCCAUCUGUGCCUCGGCCAGAGGAAGGAUGUGCCAGCUGCUACGCUGAUGCUUUUGUAGCCUACAGAGUUUCUGGUGGGGAACUGCAGGCUGCCUUAUGGAACAGUUGGUGCUGCCUUAUGGUAGGAGCAAAAGCUCCUGCUUCUUAUCAGUGUUCAACAGGAAUGUGGAUUUUUUUCUUUCUUUUUAAAAAAACCAAACUUCUGAGCAAGAUUGGUGUUUGUAUGUUUGGUGGACUGCAACUUACCUGAUUAGGAUUUCUCUCCUCACACAGCCUGGUUCUUGCUGGUGAAGAGUGCUGUAGGUCCGGUGUGGAAACCAUGUGCCUAGGGCCAUCAUUCCUAAAAUACGUUGGUCCACCAAAGCAACGGAAAUUACACCCAGGACUGGCUCAAGACAUUUGGUUGCCUGAGGUCAAGGCCAAGAGGGCGACUCCUCUGUCCACCAUGUACAGAAGCCAGCUGGACUGGCAUAUUUGGCUCUCAACAUCAAGGCUGGUGGCAGGGCUGAGUUCUUGGCCACACCUGAAGUGGCCCAUGUGCUGAAAGGCCCCAGAAUGUGGUGCUCCUCUUUCUCUUGUCUCCUCAAGCAGAGAGAAAUGGUGGGAAGACCAGGAAGACCAACAUUGCAGCUCUCAGUAGCUGCCAGCUGUCUCUCUUUCUCUCUCACACACACACAUGCACAAACAGGGAUAUAUUUAAAAAAGUCAGGGCAAACGUUUGGGCCAUAAGGAGGAGUGGAGGAAAACAUGUUUAUUUUUCAGUUUUAAUAUGAAUCAAAUUAUAUUUUUGGAACUAGAAGGAAAACCAGAAUGCAAUUCCUCUUCACUUUUCAUGUUACUCUGACUUUUGAGAUGCAGUUUUUCCAGUUUUAAAAAGUGUGCAAUGUGUGUAUAUUAGGAAAACUUUGUACAGGGUUACACACUUUAGAGACAACAAUGCCCUGGAUUGUAAGUCUUAAGGAAAAUUGUUUGAAGGAGAAAAUUUUCUCUGGUCCAGUAUUAUAGUUCAUAUCCUGACAUGUUUUUCUUUACAAAAUGUUAAAGAGGUAGAUUAAAAUAUUAUCCCUCUUCCAUCUAUGUAGGUAUCAGCAAUGAUGCAUUGAUUUCCCAUUAAGAGUCCAGUUGUUUUCCUGUUAUCAUUCAGUGGUGGUUUACCCACACACCACCAAAAACCAGAGGAUACAGAAGUUAGGAUAAAUGCUUUCUUAUGUGCCUUGUGAAGAAUUGAGCAAUGAUAAUAAGCAAAUUGUGCUACUUUUCUAGUUCUUUUCAUCUUUAUUUUUUUGUGAGGAAAUGUGUGCAUCUUGACAAUUGAGUUCAGUUUAGGGUUUCAUUCUGUUUUGUUUUUAAAUCAAAGAACUAAACUGGAUUUAAUUCUCAUUCAUCUGCAUUGGAUAAAUUCAGGAGGUACAGCUGUUCCCAAGCUGAAGAGGACCUGGUGCACUUGCCUGCUGUGUAACAUUUUAAAUAUGAGAAGCUUGUCAAAAGAAUAAAAACAAUAAGCAGCACCACAAGCUUACAAUGGAUUCAACAAAAGGUCUGGAGUAGAGAUGGGGACAA